CAUUUUGCGCAGGAUUUUAAAAGGUUCUCUUAUAAGCACUAUUUUUAACAGCCAAAUCCGCCCCCCAAAACAGAAAGGAAAAAGCCCUAGGUAUUUUGCUGUGAUCGAUCUCAGUUCAUGAUCAAUUGAAGCAUCUUUCACGACAUUUACCUGAAGCCUGCCUUAUUUUACCUUUUUGUCAUUCAAGUUGAGAUUUUUGGAGGUGGUGUGGAUUUUUUGGAUUUGUUGGUGGGGGUUUUUUGGUUGUUUUUUUUUUUUUUAACUGGCAUCAAAAUUUGAGAAUUUAAUUGCAGUAGAAUACUUGGAAACAGUGAGGCUGCAAGCUUGAAAGGCAGAGGGAAGAGAAGGAAGGCUCUCACAGCAGAGCAUGGAUAGGAAAGGAGCAGUGAUUCUGCGGUGCUCAGUGUGCACAUGUUUUAUGAGAUCAGUGCCGGGCGCUGCAGCUGCGGACAAUAACUGAGCUGUCUGGCUAAUGAAGGCCACCUGGAUCAGGCUUCUGAAAAGAGCCAAAGGAGGACGUCUGAAGAAUUCUGAUAUCUGUGGUUCGGCGGACUCCUACACCAGCCGUCCAUCCGAUUCAGAUGUAUCUCUGGAAGAAGACAGGGAAGCAGUGCGGAGAGAGGCAGAGCGACAGGCCCAGGCACAGCUGGAAAAAGCAAAGACAAAACCUGUUGCAUUUGCAGUUCGGACAAAUGUUGGGUACAGUGCAGCUCACGAUGACGAUGUUCCAGUCCCAGGCAUGGCCAUCUCAUUUGAGGCUAAAGAUUUUCUUCAUGUUAAAGAAAAAUUUAAUAAUGACUGGUGGAUAGGACGGUUGGUAAAAGAAGGCUGUGAAAUAGGAUUCAUACCAAGCCCAGUCAAACUAGAAAACAUGAGGCUGCAGCAUGAACAAAAGGCAAAACAAGGAAAAUUCUACUCCAGUAAAUCAGGAGGAAACUCUUCAUCCAGUUUGGGUGACAUUGUUCCUAGUUCCAGAAAAUCGACGCCUCCAUCAUCUGCUAUAGACAUAGAUGCCACUGGCUUAGAUGCAGAAGAAAAUGAUAUUCCAGCAAACCAUCGCUCCCCCAAACCCAGUGCAAACAGUGUAACAUCACCCCACUCCAAAGAGAAAAGAAUGCCCUUCUUUAAGAAGACAGAGCACAUCCCUCCCUAUGAUGUAGUGCCUUCUAUGCGACCAGUAGUUUUAGUGGGGCCUUCUCUGAAGGGAUACGAGGUAACAGAUAUGAUGCAAAAAGCAUUAUUUGAUUUUUUAAAACAUAGAUUCGAAGGGCGUAUAUCAAUUACACGAGUCACAGCAGACAUCUCACUUGCCAAACGCUCAGUAUUGAACAACCCCAGUAAGCAUGCGAUAAUAGAGCGAUCUAACACAAGAUCAAGCUUGGCUGAAGUUCAAAGUGAAAUUGAACGGAUUUUUGAAUUAGCAAGGACGCUGCAGUUGGUAGUGCUUGAUGCUGAUACCAUUAACCACCCAGCUCAACUAAGCAAAACCUCUCUGGCUCCCAUUAUAGUAUACGUAAAGAUUUCUUCUCCUAAGGUUUUACAGAGGUUAAUAAAAUCUCGAGGGAAAUCUCAGGCCAAACACCUUAAUGUUCAGAUGGUGGCAGCUGAUAAACUGGCACAGUGUCCUCCCGAAAUGUUCGAUGUAAUUCUUGAUGAGAACCAGCUUGAAGAUGCUUGUGAGCACCUUGCUGACUAUCUGGAAGCCUACUGGAAGGCCACACAUCCACCUAGCAGCAAUCCUCCUAACCAGCUUCUCACUCGCACACUUGCAACAGCCACUCUUCCUAUUAGCCCAGGUCCAAAUAUUAAUUUACAGGGAUCUCAAGGAGACCAGAGGAAUGACCAUUCAGUCCCUGAACGCAGCGGUUCACAAAUUGAAGAGGAAGCACGGGUUGAACCCAUCAAGAAGUCCCAGCAUCGCUCUUCCUCAAGCCAACACCACAACCAUCGCAGUGGUGUUAGAGGCCUUUCUAGGCAAGAAACUUUUGACUCGGAAACACAAGACAGCAGAGAUUCGGCUUACGUAGAGCCGAAGGAGGACUACUCACAUGAGCACGGUGACCACUAUGAUUCUCACAGGGAUCACAAUCACAGAGACGAGUCCCACGGGAGCAGUGAUCACAGACAUAGAGAAUCAAGGCAUCGCUCAAAGGAGAGGGACCGCGAGCAGGACCACAAUGAAUGCAACAAACAGCGUAGUCGUCAUAAAUCAAGGGACCAAUAUUGUGACAAGGAUGGGGAAGUGAUAUCGAAAAAACGUAACGAUGCAGGCGAAUGGAACAGGGAUGUUUACAUCCGUCAGUAACUUUUGCCUCCAGCAGUCUUGUGUUUCUUUGAA